AUGGGCUUUGCCUUUGCGAAAAGUUUUAGCCCCGACCAACUCCCUAGCCUGGCUGGAAAAGUUAUCAUCGUGACCGGUGGAAAUGCAGGUAUUGGCUUUGCGACUAUACAGCAUCUCGCGCGGCAUGGCGCGAAAGUUUACAUGGGAGCACGAAAUGAGGAGCGCGCGCGGGCUGCGAUAGAGCGACUACAAGCAGCUGGGCUGGGACCAGGGAACGGCGAAGUGGUGUGGUUGCCAUUAGACUAUUCAGAUCCACGGAUAGCAAAGAAGGCUGCGGAAUCGUUCAUGGAACAGGAGACGAGGCUAGAUGCUGUCGUGAACAGCGCUGCAAUGCUUCUCGUGCCCUACUCCCGGACCCAUGAUGACAUUCAAGACCUCAUGGUGGUCAACUACCUGAGUCCAUUCGUGUUCAUAAGAACAUUGCUCCCCAUAUUAAAGACGACCGCUCAAGAGCCCGGCAGUGAUGUCCGCAUCGUCAACAUGGCGUCUGAUGGUCAUAACCAUGCCCCCAAAACCCGCUUCCGCAAUGUGGAUGAUCUGAACGUGGAAUUCAAGGACUCAUGGCUCCCCAAAUUUAACCGAUAUACUCUCAGCAAGCUCAUGGGCGUGCUCUACGUCAAGGAGUUGCAACGACGUCUGAACGAAGAAAGCAUACCAAUCAUCGUCAUGUCUGCCAAUCCUGGCGAAGUGAACACGGAGGGCGUGCAGAACUAUGCACAUUCUGUUGGACCAAUCAUUGCGCCCAUUUACGGCUUCAUCGCCUCGACGUUACUUGGUCGUCCCUCGCGAGGAGCCUACGUCCCUGUUUUUGCAGCAGUGGCACCGGUCGUGCGUGCUGAGUCACAAAAGUACCGUGGCGCCUACAUCAAACCACCUGGACAACUGGGCAGCUGUAGCAAGCGAGGGCGGGAUCCGGAGUUAGCUAAGGAACUAUGGGCCACAACGGAGAAGGUACUGAGUGACAUUGGUGUAUAG